GAAGGUACUACGUCAUCGUUUUUCACGUAUAUAAACCAUUCGAAGUAACUCCCAUGUCGAGCCCGUACCAGAUACCACUGUGCCACCAACUACUCGUUCUCGUUCUCGUGCCGGUGCUCCCAUGCGUUCCAGGUCCAACGCAGGUUCCAGUCUGGCAUCUAAUGGGCCAACACAAGUGUUGCCUCCUACAGAGGCCAUUCCAGUUCCCGGUGUUCAAACAAUGUUCCGCAUUCAUGGCUAUAACCACUGUCAACCUACUCCGUCAGAGACAACGGCUGUCCCCUUUUCAGAUCCAUCGAUGCAGGUGGCACAGGCUUCCGGCAGUACGGUGCCAUCACAACCCAUUAUCUCUCCAUCCCCCACUCAUCAGCCCAGGGAGACGGUGCCAGGUGCAGUGCCGGUGCCGGUGCCGGUACCACGCUCCCGACGUGCACAUUUUGUUGAUGAUCCAGAGAGUUCAGAUGGAGAGUUCCUUGAGCUGUCUCCUCCAUCAUCUCUGUCCGACGAUUCCGCUGUUCAUAGCGAAACACCUCGGCGACCAUCAGAUUCUGAUCAUACAGCUCAAGCUCCGCAUACUCCUCAUCGUAACCCAUUCCCUAUACCCCGCCGAUUGUCCAGAACACCAGGAACACCUCGACGACUUUCCCAUGCUGCUGCUGGUCAUACUGUCAAAAAAGGCCGUAAUACUGCCCGUGACGUCUGGUCAUUCUUUAUAAAGUCCGAGAACCGCCAUCAUUGCACUUUCUGCACCGCGAAGGAUUUCGAGAAGGAUAAUGAGCUUCCCGGAGCAUCAGACUUUGGCUCAAAAACAAGUACCGAUAUCUUACGGCGCCACUUGCUUGAUUACCACACCACUUCAUGGCUGACGAAGUGUGACAAUCAGGGUAUACAGGUGCGCUCUACUCAAAAGCGAUAUCAAGAUGCGAUCCGCAAAUUUCACCUCGACCAAGGGAAGCAAUCUUCCAUAUUUAACAGUACUGGACAUCGUGCAUUCUCGCAUGAAGCAUUCAUUGAUUCGCUAGUUGCAUGGGUCGUUGCUGAUGACCAGUCAAUCAAUGCCAUUGAGAGUCCGCAUCUACGGUCUAUAUUCUUGAUGCUUAGAGAAAGCUUGAAAGACUCUGACAUACCCCAUCGAUCAUCGUUACGUGCUCGUAUCCUUGAGAUGUGGGACAAAUACAUGGAUGACCUCACUUCAGAAUUAAAGGUUAGCGCUAUUUAUUAUAUAAGAGUUCUCAUGAACGUAGCAAUCUAGGCUUCUAUGGGACGCAUUUCGUUCACUGAGGAUCUCUGGACAGACCUGAAUAUGCGUCCCUUCAUAGCUGUUACCUGUCAUUGGAUCGAGAACCGGAUUGUUGAUGGUCAUGCAACACUGCAUCUGCGUUCAGAUCUCAUUGGCUUCCAUCGCGUUCCUGGACAUCAUACAGGGGAGCACUUAGCGGAAGUGUUCAUCUACAUCCUUGACCGCUUGCAAAUUACGGGAAAAGUGGGAUGGAUUACUUGUGACAAUGCGACAAAUAAUGACACGAUGAUGGAACAUCUCGAAAGGUUAUUAAGAC